UCCUCCCUCUCUCUCUCUCUCUCUCUCUCUCUCUCCCCUCUUCCAAUGGCAGAAUUCACAAGUCAAAUUCCAAAGGAAGAAGAAGAGUACUUGGUCUUGCCCCCUGGCUUCCGAUUUCACCCAACAGAUGAAGAGAUCAUAACCAACUAUCUCUCAGAGAAGAUUGCAGACAAAAGUUUCAGCGCUCUAGCCUUGGGAGAGGUGGACCUCAACAAGUGUGAGCCAUGGGACCUCCCAAAUAAGGCUAAGAUGGGAGAGAAGGAAUGGUACUUCUUCACUCAAAAGGAGAAGAGGUACCCAACAGGCAUGAGAACCAACAGAGCCACGGAAUCUGGAUACUGGAAAGCGACGGGAAAAGAUAAAGAAAUAUACAAAAGCAAGGGCUCUGUUCUAGUCGGAAUGAAGAAAACCCUAGUUUUCUACAGAGGACGAGCCCCUAAAGGCGAGAAGACUAACUGGGUCAUGCAUGAGUUCAGGCUCGAAGGCAACCACUCUCACCUCUACAAUCUUUCCACAGCCUCCAAGGAGGAUUGGGUUGUGGUUAGGGUUUUGCACAAGAAUGAGGCAGCCAAGAAGAAUCCUUCGACUGUGCAAGAGAGCGCGUGCUUUGCUCAUCCUUGCACAUCUAGUUUGAGCUACUUGCAACAGGAUGAAGCGAUGGAGCGAGCUACGGCACCUGUGAAUGCUAAUGCUCGUCACAAUUCUUCAUCAAUGUCUCCUUUUAUUGGGCAGAGAAAAAUAGAGCAGUUCUCGAGCUCCAUGGCUACUACUUCGCAUGAUACUGGACUGAGCAAUGACUGGAAUGCUGAGAUCUCAUCUUACGAUUAUGGGCUUUCUUCUGGUCCGUUUUUUGAUUUGGAGAACAUUUGGAAUUACAAGGGAAUUUAGACCUCGUUUGUGUUUUUUCAUGGUGGAAAGCAAUAAGUUUUUGCUAAUGAGUGGAAUUAUUUUUGGUUGGGUGUCAGGAAUUAUAUAUAUUUCAUAGAGGAAAGCAGCAAGUCAUGAGUGGAAAUUUCUUACAAUUUAGAAUGCUACAAUAAUGUUGCCUUAAAGCCUGUAUUAAAUAUCUUGAUUUGUGCUGAUAUCCUAAUGACUAUAUGAUUUAGUCAUGAUGUGAUGUUGAGCUAAUAUUUUGACGGAAUGUUGCGUAUUCCUUUAUUGUAU